AAACGUUAACAGUUGCGUUUGAGCUAAAGUAUCACAAUAUACAAAUCAUUCUAAAGUAUUUAAAAUAAAUUCUAAACUUUAAACAUAAUUUUCAACAUGCAAUUCUACAAAGUAUUCGCCUUAAUUGCCUUGAUUUUCGCCGUUUUUGUUGGCCAAAGUGAAGCUGGUUGGUUAAGAGAUUUUGGCAAAAGAAUUGAACGUGUGGGCCAACAUACACGUGAUGCCACCAUACAAGCUAUUGGUGUAGCUCAACAGGCAGCCAAUGUUGCCGCCACAGUACGAGGUUAAUUUAAAAAAAUUGUGUAAUUUUAUUAUUUAUUUUAAAAAUAUAAUUAUAAUAUAAAUAAAUAUUAAAAAACUA